AUGAAAUUCCUUUGUCUCCACGGCACUGGGACAAACUCACAAGUAUUUGAAAUCCAAACCGCAGCCCUCCGUCACGAACUUAACGGCUCACACACCUAUGAAUUCGUUGAGGGGACCAUACCUGCGGAAAUAGCCCCGGAAAUCCUAUCCAUCUUCCCCGCUAACGGUGGCUAUUAUAACUACUUCUCGCCUUCGGACGCUUCUGUCUGCCUCCAGAGCCUGAUGCUGUUUAAAGCAUAUGUAGAGAAGGAGGGCCCGUUUGAUAUCGUGUUAGGUUUCAGCGGCGGGUGUGCAGCCGUCAUGACUCUCCUCCUCUACUACCACCAGAACAAUCUGAAAAUUCCCUUCCGCGGCGCUGUUUUCUUUUCCGCCGGCCUCCCUGCCUCUCCCUCUGCACUUACCUCCGGCUCCGUUGACCUCCUUACCCGGCUCCCUGAGGGCAAAGAGAUCGCGAUCCCGAGCGCACACUUCUGGGGCGCGGAGGAGAUUUGGCCAGUGGGGGAGGGGGAAGUAGGGUGGAGCGAAAGCGUGAGUCGAAUGUUUAAGGCAGAAGGGGUUGGGAUGAGAGAAGAAUGGGUGCAUGGAGGUGGCCAUGAGGUCCCUGGGGCACGGAUGAGAGGAGAUUUAGUGAUGUGUGUUAAGGGAAUUAGAAGAGUUAUUUGGGGAGUGCUAGAGGGUAUAGGUAGAGUAUCUACUUCCACCAACUUUGAAGGGCUGAUCGGCUAUGAACCCUAUUCACGAACCCCCCUCUGA